AUGUACAGCAGGACUUUAAGCACAACUAUAGCAACUAAUUUACUCAAACAUCUACUGCGGAAUAAUGUAUCGCUUGCACGCACUCUAGCAACAAGAGGCACUAAGGUGAACUUACCUCACAACUCACGUAUCCCUCAUUUCCGACAACCAAUAGUCCCUUUUAAAAGCACUUCAGAAUUCGAUUUCAGAAAUUGGCCAGAUGAAGUUUCAGCUAUCCAUACCUCCUUGGGAUGGUUCUACAUCCAUGCUUUUUACAAUCAAUCGCAGAAAACUGCUGCCGACCUUAACGCCACAUUCGCACAACAAGGUUUCGAUCAAACCACCGAAAAGGAAGUGGUCCAAAACUUCAUAUUCGAAUGGUGCAAAUCGUAUACACCAGAAGACGUUCAAAAGCAAAGGUCGUUAUUGCGUAGUGUAAAGAACAAGAAAUUACUACUCGAAGAACAAGAAUUUAAGAAACAAACUAAUAUAAUGAAGUUGGACUUGAGAUCGAAAGAAGAAAAAAAGAUGGCUCGUGAAAAGGCAAAGGAGGAAAAACUUAAAAAACUGUUGGAACGCAAAAGAAAACAAGAAGAACUGGCUGCUUUUAAACAAGCAAUGAUUGCACAAGGUUUUGGUCCCCACCAGAGUGCACACUUGCGUUUUAGAUUUAAAAUCAAUCCAGAAACCAAAGAAGUUGAAGAUAUAAAAGGCGACAUAAUGUUAAGCAGAGUCCAAGGAUACUUUAUAAUUGAAAGAAUCCACGAGACGCAAAAUGUCUUUGAAAUAAGCAAAAUGACAUCUGCUCAAAAAAAUAAACAUUUCAAAAAUGAAUGGAAGACUCUUUCUUUGAAAGACAAGUACACAUGGAAAGAAAGAUACUCGGCUUUAUUGAAAUCCGGUAAAGACUUUUAUCGCGGAGAGAUCUUGCCUUUAGAAUCAAUGCUCGAAGAGAAAGCAGACGCAGAAGGGUACAGGCUUCGAAAAAACGGAGCUAUUGCCAAACCCAACAAAAAGAAAACUAUAUCUGAAAGUACAAAAAGCACUGAAGCAAAAGAAUAG